UAAAAAUCAAUGAAUAUUAAUCUGUUAGUAUUAUUGAGUGUUACAUUUUACUCAGAAAGAUUGAAUAAGCGUAAAAUAUUGCUAUAAUACAAAACAAAUAAACCAACGGGAAAAUCUAAAAUAUACUUGAUUCAUUGGUCAAUCAUAGCCUUAAGGAAUGACCUUUUCAUCUUCAUGGUAAGGAACGGGUUUCAAAAUUCAAUUUGGUUAUCAUCAAAGGAAAAGAAUGGCAAAGUUGCCAGUUGAUCAGUACGCAUCUAGAAGUAGCUUCACCAGCUUCGUUGAGGAUUUACCGUGUAAACAACAGUCUAUUUAAAUUGUGACAACUCGGCUACUUUACAAGUGAUUGACGCGUAUUAAAAAUGGUCAAUUUGGAGAAGAAGCUCAAAGAUUCUAUGGCAAUCAAAGAGAUUCGGGAUAAAUUCCAGGCAGCUUUACCAAAAAAUCGAGACAAAUUCGAUGAACAGGAUGUACAACGUAUAUUAACCGAUGAUUGGUACGUAAAGCGCUUUUUAAUCGCUCGCAACCGCUCUCCUGGUGAAGCCUUUAAAAUGAUCAUGGAAUCCCUUGAAUGGCGUAAAACUCAAGGCUUUGCGACUUUACCAGCCAAUGCAUUUCCUCAGGAAUUUUAUUUUGUCAACGCUAUGUUUGAUUAUGAACCUGAUUUGGAAGGAAAUGUUACUCUUCACAUUAGGGUUCGUUAUGUCCUUAGAUGUGGUCCAUUAGUGGCUCACGCAGUUAAAUGGGCUUCCAAGUUUUUCUAUGAUCUGGAGAAUCGAUGUCAAUCUUCCUUUUUUACCAUAUUGAUUGAUUUUUCUGGCUGUGGAAUUAAAAAUGCUGAAUUUGAUUUUGUUAAACAUGCCGUGGUUGUCCUCAAAAACUAUACUCCUGCUUGCGUCAAACGCAUUUUAAUUAUUGAUCUACCACCAAUAUUACGAUUGGGAUAUAAUUUCAUUAAAAGUUGGAUUCCUGAUAAUGGGCGAUCCAUAUUGAAAUUUAUCUCUCGCUCACAAUUAACUGAGUACAUUGAUCCAUCCAAUUUACCCGAUUAUCUUGGUGGUACUUGUUCAAGACCUUAUCAAGGGAUGAAAGUUGUACCUGAAGGUUGUCCAACCGCAGUUGAAUAUGGUCUUAGUUGCGGCAUACCACUAGAUCAAUGUGUUAAAAUUGCAAAGACUUAUGAACCUUUGGUUAAAGAGAUUGGUUUGUACGAUUUAUCAAGUGAAGCUGAUUUCGCAGCCAAAGUUGAAAGUGAAUUAAAAAGUCGGAAAGAAGGUAAAUUGAAUGAAGCCGAUGCUCUGAAAAUUGCUCAAGCAGUUAUAACAUAACAGAUAAUUUCACUUAAUUUUCAAUAAAAACAACAAUUUAAUGUAAUGUGUUUUUAAUGAUCAUGGGUAUAGUAAAAAUACAGAAACUUUUUACAAAAUGUACAUCUUUUCUUCCAUAUAAAA